CACUGGACUGCCUGGCUUAUCCAGGGAGUUCGGGUGACUUAGCGUUGAAUCCUGGAGAGGCUGCGGCGGGGUCUGGGCGCGGAUGCUGGAAGUUCACAUCCCCUCGGUGGGGCCCGAGGCCGAAGAGCCCAGGCAGAGUCCAGAGAAAGGCCACAUGGUGUUCCAAGUGGAGGUGCUGUACAGUGGACGCAGACACACUGUGCCAAGGCGCUACAGCGAGUUCCACGCUCUACACAAGCGGAUCAAGAAACGCUACAAAGUGCCCGACUUUCCCUCAAAACGCCUGCCCAACUGGAGGACCAGAGGAUUGGAACAGCGCCGGCAGGGCUUGGAGACCUAUAUCCAGGGCAUCCUGUACCUGAAUCAGGAUGUGCCCAAGGAGUUACUGGAAUUCCUGAGACUUCGCCACUUCCCCACAGACUCCAAGGCCAGUAGCUGGAGCACCCCAGGGGAAUUCCUGCCUAGUGACACCAGCUCACAGCUGCACCACCGGCCGGUCGUUGGCUUCUGUACGGAUCCGUACAUUUAUACCCCUGCCCCAGAACCUCUCCCAGAAGUGGUGGUGGACGGUGCACUCCAGGGUCUCUAUGGCUUCAGCACCGGCCCAGCACCAGCCCAGCCAAAGGCUAACCAUCAACCUGCUCCGUCACCAACGGCCUGACUAGCCUAGGCUUUGGGCCACCUGUCAGGACAUUCUGUGUCUCAGUCCUAGGAGUUCCAUGUAAGAAACUGAGUCUUCCCUUGGACUAGACUCAGGUACAAUUGAGGCUGCAGCGUACCCCUCCCCACUCAAGGCUCUGAACUUGGCUUGCACUGCUGGCGGCCCCGGUAGAACUCAAAAUUCUUAAAAAGCCCAGGGGUCAAGGCAAAGUCAAGA